AUGUCCGAAUUCAGAGGUGAACUCAAUUGUGAGAUGAAUGCCGAGCGUUUUCCCGCAUCUCCACCCCCGACAACUCCCGACACAGCAAUCAAGUCUCAACCACCAUUUGGGAUUUGCGCGAUUUGCGAAAGUUCAAUCGUCGAUCCAACGCUUCUCUCUGCAAAUGGAGCCUCUUUUCAUCUUUGUUGUUUAAGAUGUGCUGGCUGUGAGAGUUCACUUGAAAGCUCGCACUCGUGCUAUUUUCGAGAUGGUGCUCCAUUUUGCAAGACAUGUUAUGCGAGAAGAUUCGGUGCCAAAUGUUCGUCCUGUGAUCGAAGCAUUCAGUCAACGGAUUGGGUUCGUCGAGCUCGCUCUUUUGUCUAUCAUCUCGCUUGUUUUAUUUGUGAUCAAUGUCAUAGACAAUUGUCAACUGGUGAAGAGUUCGCUCUCACAAAUAAUCGAAUCCUUUGCAAGCAACAUUUCAUGGAGUUAAUUGAUGGGGAUUCAGGAAAUGGUCAACCAAAGCAGAAAACGAAACGAGUGAGGACUACUUUUGCUGAAGAACAGCUUAGUGUGCUACAAACUCAUUUCCAAAUCGACAGCAAUCCAGAUGGAGCUGAUUUAGAGAGAAUAGCUAAUAUGACUGGAUUAAGCAAAAGAGUCACUCAAGUUUGGUUUCAGAACUCUCGAGCUCGUCAAAAGAAGUAUCAAGGGAAUAAAAAGGCGAGAAGUCAGGGAUCAGCGAGUAAGGGAUCACGAUCAUCAGAGGAGAGAAGCAGUCCAUGCAAGAGUCCGCAUGGGAGUGAAGAUGAUGGAAUGUUAUUUCCCACGUCAGUCACUACAAGUGCCGAAGAAGCGAUGCUACCCGAUUCCUCGCUCGGUCUCGGCCUUCACACUUUACAAUAUGAUGCAUUA